AAAUAAAACUAUAAAAUAAUAAAAUAAAAUAAAAAUAUAUAGUACUUAUAUUUCAGUACUAUGGAGCUGGAAGGAAAGGUAGCUUUAAUUACAGGGUCGGCUUCGGGUAUCGGCAAAGAGAUUGCCCUCAAGUUGUCGGCAUUGGGCGCCGAUGUGGUCAUCACUGAUAUCAAUAGGGAUGGCAUCCAAGAAGUGGUCCAAAAAUGUCGUUCCCUUUACAAACACAAAGCGCUGGGAGUUUACGCCGACAUAACCAGUGAGAGUGAUGUGAAGAAUUUGGUGGACAAGACUGUCGAGGAAUAUGAAAGAAUCGAUAUUCUGGUGAAUUGUGCCGGAAUAGUAUUCCAGUCGGACUUUUAUGACCCCGAAUAUAUUAAGCUGUUUGACAAAGUGAUGAACAUUAAUGUCCGGAGUAUUCAAGUAUUGACUCAAUUAGUGGUUCCAUAUCUCGAGAGUACUAAAGGAAAUAUAGUUAACAUCUCGAGUGUCUGUGCCGUUGUACCGGUACCAACGGAAAUGGCUUAUUGUAUGUCCAAAAGUGCAAUCAAUAUGUUUACCAAAUGUCUGGCCCGACAGUUAGGACCCAAAGGGGUUCGUGUGAAUAGUGUUAACCCUGGUACAGUUCGGAGCCCACUAUUGGGUGAGAGGGCCGAGUAUAUGGUGAAGGCCUGUCAUGAUAAUUAUCCGCUGCAACGUAUUGGGGAAACGGUAGACAUAGCCGAGAGCGUGGCAUUCCUGGUCAGUGAUAAGGCAUCAUUUAUUACAGGAAUAAAUAUGCCGGUUGAUGGGUCGGCUUCGGGUAUCGGCAAAGAGAUUGCCCUCAAGUUGUCGUCUUUGGGCGCCGAUGUGGUCAUCACUGAUAUCAAUAGGGAUGGCAUCCAAGAAGUGGUCCAAAAAUGUCGUUCCCUUCACAAACACAAAGCGCUUGGAGUUUACGCCGACAUUACCAGUGAGAGUGAUGUGAAGAAUUUGGUGGACAAGACUGUUGAGGAAUAUGAAAGGAUCGAUAUUCUGGUGAAUUGUGCCGGAAUAUGUCCCAAAUCAUACUUUCAUGACCCGGAUUAUGUCGAAAUACCAAUGACAAUGGCGUACUGUAUGUCCAAAAGUGCAAUCAAUAUGUUUACUAAAUGUUUGGCAAUGCAUUUGGGACCCAAAGGUGUUCGUGUGAAUAGUAUCAAUCCUGGUUCAGUACUGACCCCACUAUUGGGUGAGAAGGCCCAGUAUAUGGUGAAGGCUUGUGAGAAUAACUACCCCCUCAGACGUAUUGGGGAAACGGUAGACAUAGCCGAGAGCGUGGCAUUCCUGGUCAGUGAUAAGGCAUCAUUUAUUACCGGGAUUAAUAUGCCGGUUGAUGGUGGUGCCGCACUCAUUAUGAGACUUUAUUAA